GGUAGAAAAUGGCGAGUCUGUGCAAGAGGCAGCAAUGUACGAUCGAGAGGCGAGGCUUUCGGCAGGAUCUUGAUUCGUGGCGGCAUAAACUCAUUCAUUGUGUAGGUUUUGAGAGCAUUCUAGAAGGGCUGUUUGGGUCGAGGUUGGUGGAGGACCUAACGUUAUUUAAAGGCAGUGAGCCCGAAGGCGGUACAGACUGGUCAUUUGAUGAGAACUGCCCGUUCUGCUGCGUAAGACGAGACAAAGUCAAGGAGCACUUAGUUGGCCUGAGCAACCAGGGGUUGGAGAGUGGGGCUGAACCCCUGCUGGUCAAAGACCAGACCAAGAUCAACAGACUUGAGAAACAAGCAGAGGAAUUUUUUAAUGCUGUCCUCUACAAAAAAGAUGUGCCCAGCUUCUCAGACCCGCACAUUCCAGGAGUGGCUCUGGACAUAAUGCAGAGGAUGAUCCGCCAGUUUGCUGCAGAAUAUACCUCAAAAAGUAGUUCCUCUACUCCGGACAGCCGCUCCACUCCCAGGCCUGGUCCCCACCCAGACCAAAGCCUGCCUCCUCCCCCCUCGCUGCCCACGGUGCCCCCAGCUGCCAUCCCUGGUGGUACUGCUACCCACUCCGUACCCAGCCAGAACCCCGUCCUCUCCAAGCUGCUGAUGGCCGACCAGGACUUGCCUCUCGAUCUCACUGUCAAGAAGCCUCUGCCACAGCCUGUAGAACAAGAUGGAGUCCUGGACCUGUCACUCAAAAAGGGGCGGGCCAAAAGCAGCACAUCAUCGCUCCGCAGCCCACAUCUUUCCCAGACGCCCACUCUUAAAGGUGAAUGUCUGGAGCUGACGACAGAAAAGGCCCGGGACCUGCAGUCCACCUCCACGCUGGAGGAGUUCAUGACCAAGCUCUGUCUGCACCACCAGAGGCAGAUUGUCGACGCUCUGGGCUUCCUACAGACAGAGGUUAAGGCUAUAUCCUCCUCCAGCACUUCGCUAGCUUCUGCCUCCAAACCCUCUUGCUCAGUGGAGCACGGAGCCCUCCUGGGUCCUAGCCCUGCACCUUGCCUACAGACCCCAGAGAGGGGGAGGACUGGUCAGAAACUUCCCCUGGCUUCCACUCCAAAAGGAUCGACGGAGGGGCAAGAAAGGUUGGUAGCCCCAGAGCAGACUGCUGUGUUACGAAAUGUGUCUGGGGCCUCUGGGCCGGCCUUGGAUCUCCGUAAACCUGGCCCAGGGGAGUCUAAGGCUUUGGCAACACUGUUCAGAAGCGCAGAUAACAGUGUGAGUAAACGUCUUAGUGACCAUGCUCCGCUAAAGAUCAAAAUCAUGAAGUCCAGCAGCCUGGCUGAUGGUAAAAAGCUAUCCUGUGUGCUCACCACAUCUCUUCCUGCUGGCGCCGGUACUUUGGAAGAAAUGCAGGGCAUUUCUGACUCCUCAACCAGAGCAGAUACUUACAGUGCUGGACAAGGCUCCUCUGUGAAAAGGCACGAUCAUGCUGAUCGCUCAACAAGACAAAGAGGCUCCAUUGAACAUACCAAAGACACGCUGGUCAAACAAAGUCCACCUGAAAAGACCCCCAACAACAUACCCCCAGUUUCCCCCGGGACAGCAAGGAAGACCAUAAAGGGGUCUUCCUACCAUCGGCCUAGGGCCACUUCCUCAGUGUGUCGGUUUGUAACCGACCCUGAUCUCGGCCACUGCGACAUCGUCUACAUCGACAAACCAAUCACAGAGUGUUUCCGGGAACGGCAGCACCGUCUGCUCCCUCGACGCAAUGCCAGGAAAAGCACCCGAGGUCACAUGUAUGUGGAAGAAAUGUGGGAGCUGAAGACUGUUCGUACAUUAGCCAAGACGUCUGCCCGCAAUGAUAGUGGCAACUGUCCCACUCCAAUGCCAGAGCCCAUCACUCUGGUCACACCUAAACAGGUGCUUGGCAAGCCUGAGGGACUACCUCUUGUGGAUAUGCCUUUUGUUGGAGGUUUUGUGGAGACGGUCAAUCAGAAAACUCCUUCCGAGCUUCCAGCUGAAAGUGAGGUGGCUGGGGAUGUGGAGGCUGCAGCAGCAUCAGCCAGUGAGAUGGCACUGAUCGUUGAGACUAGUCAGACAGACCAGAGUCAGUGUAAAGAGCAGACUGCCCCUCCACCUCCUUCACAGAGUCCCCCAGUGGAUAACGAGCAGAGUACAGGGAUGAACUCGGAGCAGCCAAGGCAGAGCGUAGCACCAGAGGAUAAUCUAGCUCAGACUGUGGUCGAGACACCAGAUCAGGAUUUAAACAGUAUACACAAUUACAUCGUUUUAAGUGAAAACCCAGAGCAGGUGGUGAUGGGGAAAGAUGUAAACUUAUCACAGGAUAAGACAUCAGAAGAAGCUGAGCUUGUCCAGGAUAUACUGCAGAGUGUGCCAGAGGGCCAGAAAGUUAUCUCUGAAACCCAACAGGAAUCUGCAUCACUGACCCCUUCCCUGGAGAGCAAUGAAGACAAAGAGGUAGUGAGUGCAGUUGACAAAGAGGUAGUGGGUGCAGGUGCAGUUGACAAAGAGGUAGUGGGUGCAGGUGCAGUUGACAAAGAGGUAGUGGGUGCAGGUGCAGUUGACAAAGAGCAGGCCAUGCCUCUGGAACCUCAAAUUUCAAUUGACCAGAAACCGUCUGAGGGCUCUGGAGGAGAAGCAAAUGCUGGCAUGGAGGUUUCCACAGAGAGCGAAAGGAUAGAGGUGCAGGAAACGGGCAAGGUUGAACCAGACUUGGGUCCAGGCGAUGGCGACAAUGUGCCUGAAGAGGAAAAGACACAUGUUGAUUCGUCCUCUAAAAAGGUCAGUAAGGCAGUUGAGAGAGAAUUGACUCUCAGGCGUUCUGAAAAACAGGGUAUUCCAGCACGAGUGAUUCCUUCAAGGGUGAAGGAAGCUGCAGUGAUUGAUACAGAGAGUAUGAUUAUAUGUGGAUAUGUGAAUGGUAGACCUAUUGGACAUUCUGACAGAUGUUUGCGUGAACGGCCAGCCAGAACCACCCCAGAGUCUACUCCUACUAAGACUAAACGCCCCACUAAGGCGUCUCUGAAACAGACAGAGAACCCUUCUGAGAACGCGGCUGAGAUUCCACAAGUCUCACCUGAGACUCCUCUCACUCCGAUCCCUGCUGGGGAAAGCGUCAAAAGCCCUUCGUCGAAGCGCCUCACCAAGGCCUCCCUGAAACAAUCUGAGAAAUAUUCUGAGAACAUGCCAGAGUUUCCUCAAGUCUCACUCCCUUUAGCCGAAGUGAUCAAAAGCCCUUCGUCGAAGCGCCUCACCAAGGCCUCCCUGAAACAAUCUGAGAAAUAUUCUGAGAACAUGCCAGAGGUUCCUCAAGUCUCACUCCCUUUAGCCGAAGUGAUCAAAAGCCCUUCGGCGAAGCGCCUCACCAAGGCCUCCCUGAAACAAUCUGAGAAAUAUUCUGAGAACAUGCCAGAGGUUCCUCAAGUCUCACUCCCUUUAGCCGAAGUGAUCAAAAGCCCUUCGUCGAAGCGCCUCACCAAGGCCUCCCUGAAACAAUCUGAGAAAUAUUCUGAGAACAUGCCAGAGGUUCCUCAAGUCUCACUCCCUUUAGCCGAAGUGAUCAAAAGCCCUGUGUCCAUACGGCCCAAAAGAACCCCUAAAGCUAAAAUCACCCAGAACCUGUCUGACACACAGACCCCUGCUGAAGCAAGCCAGAACCUGCCUGACACACAGACCCCUGCUGAAGCAAGCCAGAACCUGCCUGACACACUGACCCCUGCUGAAGCAAGCCAGAACAUGUCUGACACACAGACCCCUGCUGAAGCAAGCCAGAACAUGUCUGACACACAGACCCCUGCUGAAGCAAGCCAGAACAUGUCUGACACACAGACCCCUGCUGAAGCAAGCCAGAACAUGUCUGACAGACAGACCCCUGCUGAAGCAAGCCAGAACCUGCCUGACACACAGACCCCUGCUGAAGCAAGCCAGAACCUGCCUGACACACUGACCCCUGCUGAAGCAAGCCAGAACAUGUCUGACACAAGGACCCCUAUUGCCCCUAUAACAGCAAGCCAGAGCAUUCCUGACACUCCUCAAGUCCCAGAAACACCAGUCAACUCCUCCAGGAGACCUGGGUCCAGACAGCCCCUCAGAUCUGCCAGACUGCAACAGGCAGCAGCUGUUGCCUCCCCUCUCGUCCCUGACGCCUCAGCUCUCAUCCCUGACGCCUCAGCUCUCAUCCCUGACGCCUCAGCUCUCAUCCCUGACGUCUCCCCUCUCGUCCCUGACGCCUCCCCUCUCGUCCCUGACGCCUCCCCUCUCGUCCCUGACGCCUCCCCUCUCGUCCCUGACGCCUCCCCUCUCGUUCCUGACGCCUCCCCUCUCGUCCCUGACGCCUCCCCUCUCGUCCCUGACGCCUCCCCUCUCGUCCCUGACGCCUCCCCUCUCGUCCCUGACGCCUCCCCUCUCGUCCCUGACGCCUCCCCUCUCGUCCCUGUCGCCUCCCGUCUCGUCCCUGUCACCUCCCCUCUCAUCCAUGUCAUCCCUGUCGCCACCCCUGUCGCCUCCCCUCUCGUCCCUGACGCCUCCCCUCUUGUCCCUGACACCUCCCCUCUCGUCCCUGACGCCCCCCUUUUCGUCCCUGAUGCCUCCCCUUCUUUUGAAGGGGCUGUUACUUUCAUUGUUUCCCCAGAACCGUCUACCUCCCUCCCACUCCCCUCCACUGAGCUCAACCCCGUCUCCCAUCUCUUUCCUUCAUCUCAUCAAAACAGUGCAGUCACCCAGAGUUCUGCAGAGCUGAAAGUUCAAACAUCUCAGCCAGCUCCAAAUGCCAAACCCAGCGAGACAGAGAAAACAGCAGAGGAAACUAGGGUGCAAACUAGACCGAAGCUUAGGUCGUCAAUGAUGGUAGCAAAGGAAGUUGAAGUUGUUGAGAGUCAGCAAGUUAGCAGUGAGGAUUCUGCUCUCACAGAGGGUACAAGCAUUAAAAAGAGUGAGGCCCACACACAAAGUAGUCCACUAAGAAGCAAAAGAACUCUCAAAAAGGAUGGAGAAUCAAGAAAAUUGACUUUGCUGAAAAACUCAGAGGAACCUACUUUGCUAAAGAAGGCAGAGGCACCAACUUUAAUGGAUAACAAAACUUCAUCUGAAUGGUCCAGUAGGUCUUCCGUCAGCAGUGCUUCAGACAAACCUGGGCGAAUGCCAUUGAGGAGUGAGAGUAGUAAAACUGACGUGGCCAGCCAGUCCAUUACCCUGGCAACCCCACCAACCCCAAUGGAGAACAGGAAGUCAGCUUUGAGAGUCCAGAGAUCGCCCACACCCUCGACCAGUGCUCCAAUCACAGCUGAGAAAUGGAGUGAAGUAGCAUCUCCCAUUAGGCUGAAAUCCCCCGUGAGACUUCCAUCACCAAUCAGGUUCAAACCAGAGAGGAUCAUCAAGUCUCCAUUGAGGGAAUCACCUUUGCUGGACAGUUCCCCUCUGCCCUCCAGCUCAGUCACUCCUCUCCUCCUGCCCAAGCUGGAGCUUCCAGUACAGACUCGACACAAGUUCCUGGAGUUACUGGAUGUAGAGGAAAACCAACAGAAAAUCUCCUCUCUGAACACCAGGUUCGAUAAGAUGCAAAGAGGCUGGGUCCAGAUGGACAAAGAGGGACAUCCAACGCCAAGACACAAAAAUAAGGCAGACAGACAGGCAGCGAUAUGGAAGAGUAAGCGCAGGGUUCGCAAGCCCAAGUCUUCGGAUCAUCAGAGGUACUCUCUAGUUCAAAUGCUUUUCAAGAACGAUUUGGACCUAGCCAGCAUUUGCCACUGGUACAUGGAGUCAACAGAAACCCAAUCACUGGUCAUCGUAAAGAAGGUGAACACGCGUCUUCCCUCUGAGACCCAGCUGCUCUUCCCCGGUAUGUCCCAAAGGCCAUCUCAAGGGGUUUUCCCUAGCCUUCAAGCCGAGCGCUUGAAGAAACAUUUGAAGAAGUUUGCCAUGGCUUCCCCUGUGAAGAGCAACCCUAAGAGUCAGAAGCUGAUUGCUAAAGCCCUGGAGCAGGAGGUCAGUACAAGUAUGCCCAAAGGGAAGGAAAAGAGAGAGCUGACUACAGCCACCCGGAUCUCCACCAAAGCCUAUGUUUCCUCUGCAGAGGCACAGGUCCAACCAGCCGACGGCCAGAAGGCCUCAGCAAAGGCCAAGAACCCAGCCAGCGCCCGGAUCCUGAGGAAGUACUCCAAUAUAAGGGAGAAGAUGCAAGGUCAACAGAGCUCCAAGAAUCCGAAAGGGGCCCCAAGAAAAGAGCUUGAAGUUUCCAAAGUCAAACCCUCUAAACCCCCAAAGAAAAAAUUGGCAAAACCGUCAAAAUUGAAACCGGCCAUUGCCCAGAGGCAGAAAUUAUCCGUUUCUGGUGAUAAAAGUGUAAAGGAGACAAGUGUAGUAAAAACAGAGCGAGCACAGCCAUCUCCUAGUAGAAAGCCUCCAGUAAAAUCUGCUGUCCUGGAGAGAUCAGUCAAGAUUAGCAGAAGCAGUAGAACUUUAAGAGAUCUCAGUAGGAAAGAGAGUGCAUCACCACAGAGGUCUCCCCAAAGAGUAAUGACUCCAAAAGCACAGAAAAACACCCCUGCUCCUGCCACCAUCCCCAAGACUGACUUUAACAAGCAGCAGGUUGGAGCAGAGAAGGCAGUGGCGGAUAAGACUAUGGCAACAAAAGGUCAAACAAAGAGACCCUCUCAAAGUAGAGUCUUUGAGACUAAAGUCACUGAAAGUAAAAGUAAUGAGCGCAAUGGCGCUGAAAGUGCUGCAGAGACUCCUCAACAGAACAUGGACGUCAAAACACCAGGUUCUCCUGACCAGGUUCUCACUAGGUCACAGAGGAAGAUGGAGGCCACUCCACCCCCCUCCGUCCCUCAGAGUGCAAGCCCUAAGCCUGCCACUAAGAAAGCAAAUGAACCUGCUCAGAGUGGAACUCCUAAGGGUGCCACAAAGAGAGCUCUGGAGCCUACACAUACUGUUAGUACAAGCCCUAAGCCUGCCAUAAAGAGAGCCAGUGAACCUGCUCAGAGCGGAACUCCUAAAGGUGCCACAAAGAGAAGCCAGGAGAGCCCACAGACUCCAGCCAAGCGCACCAGGACAUCCCUACAGAAAUAAAGCUUGUGUCCAGACAUGGACUGUAACAGCCAAUCUGACGACAUUUAGUUGUUUUGUUUUUUCUGGAAUAUAUUAGAAAGGACUGGUAGUAUCUAUCUAUUUUUGUGUGUACUUCCCAAGCGGUGUUGGUAAAUGAUCGUUUGGAAGGAGAUCGACAUGCUGAAGAAAGAGGAAAAAUAGUGGUUUUGUCUUGUUUAGUUUUGUCUAACUGGCCUGGAGAUGUAUCUUAUUAUGCGGGUAUAUCUGCAUUGUAAACAUGUAAGCCAUUUUAUUUUGGGGUUUUGAUGCAGAGCUGAUGAGUUAUUCAGACUACAGCAUGCCAGGUCCUCCACCUUUGGUUGUCCAAGUUUUUUAUAUUCCAUAGUGUCUAUUCCACGGUUUGAAAAAUAGUGAGGUAUACUGGCAUGAAAACAUCAGCACCAUGUUGCUACGAAAUAAAUGAUGAUGUUCUCUGACUGUAGCACAGCUCAGGUUUCACUGAACAUUCUCUUGGAACUAUAGCCUAUAUUCAUCAAUGUCUCCCGCCCAUCUCGCAAUCAAGGAGUUUGUGACUUUGUGAUCAGGUGCCUUAUUUAUCAGAUGUAGAGUAAUGCGUUGACAACAGGUGAAGACUCAGUUCUCUGGCCAUUGCAAAAACACGUGUACUGUAGGAAGAGUGAGAAAGGGAGCUUUCUAGAUAUGGAUUUGGUGCAGGUCAGCGCACGUUGUCAUGUUGGGGUCCUUCACAGGUUAAACUCUUCUCCGGUUAUCUUGUAGAUCUAGGUCAUUUGUUCAAGACCUGCACCAUAUUUGUGGAUUUGUGCGUCUUAAUGCACAACUUCCCUCCAUGGGUUCAGCCCUCCAUGUUCCCGAGUUUCCUCGGUCUUCCUGCUAUAUAAACCACCAUCAUGGGUUGUUAUUCCCAUGAGUUCUCUUUUUAAUGUCUUUUUGUUUUUAGAUCCUGGGGAUAUUUCUUUUCAGAGAUGUAGCCUUAUAACUGAUGUUAUGGUAGCUUUGUUUAACUUUCAAAUACUGUCUGAGUUAACAAAGGAGGGUUUUUUUCCGUUGCAAUGCGUGUGAGAUAUUUACACCUGCCUUGUUAUGUUGUAACUCUGAUCCAGUCCUUCUUGUCUUAUUUGAUUCCCGUUAAAGUUGAAUGGUCUGGUGUGGUCAUUACCUGCUUAUUGCAUGCUGUAGCUGCCUGUAGCAUUUACAUUUAACAAAAUUCUUGUUGAGCCUUUUCACCUUGUUUUUUUUUUCUUCCUGAACUAGCAUUUGUUUCUGAAACUUCUUUAACUAAGACUAUGCAUGCACGUUACCGUGGCCCUCUGUGUGCUGAACUGUAUGAGCAUUAACAACUGAAGAAAUGGACCCUUGGAAGACGUGUCAUUGGUCAGCUAUUUUGGAAGGGGGUUUGCUGUUUGAGAGCAGAUACCAGGGUUGACGCUACAUGGAGCCACACUUUGUAUCUAAUGUUGGCUGUAUAUGUUUUUCCUGUGCUUUAUGGGAGUGUUUGCCUUUUAUUUGUACAAUAUUGCCGUAUAAUGACCCCUGUUGGCCAUUUGAAAACUGUUGAAGAAAAUGCUUCACCUUUUCAUAUCUUUGUAUGAUCUGUAAGUAUUAUACGGAACAAGAAUAUAAACGCAACAUGCAACCAUUUUACUGAGUUUACAGUUCAUAUAAGGACAUUUAAAUAAAUACAUUGAAACAAAUUUGUGCACAAAAUUUGAGAAAUAUGCUUUUAGUGCAUAUGGAAACAUUCUGGGAUCUUUUAUUUCAGUUCAUGAAACAUGGGACCAACUCUUUACAUAUUGCGUUCAUAUUUUUUAUAUAUAUUUAUAUACUACUGGUCAAAAGCUUUAGAACACCUACUCAUUCAAGGGUUUUUCUUUAUUUGUACUAUUUUCUACAUUGUAAAAUAAUAGUGAAGACAUCAAAACUAUGAAAUAACACACAUGGAAUCAUGUAGUAAUCAAAAGUGUUAAACAAAUCAAAAUAUAUUUUAUAUUUGAGAUUCUUCAAAUAGCUACCCUUUGCACACUCUUGGCAUUCUCUCAACCAGCAUCACCUGGAAUGUUUUUCCAACAGUCUUGAAGGAGUUCCCACAUAUGCUGAGCACUUGUUGGCUGCUUUUCUUUCACUCUGCGGUCCAACUAAUCCCAAACCAUCUCAAUUGGGGUGAGGUCAGGUGAUUCUGGAGGCCAGGUCAUCUGAUGCAGCACACCAUCAUGCUCCUUCUUGGUAAAAUAGGCCUUACACAGCCUGGAGGUGUGUUGGGUCAUUGUCCUGUUGAAAAACAAAUGAUAGUCCCACUAAGCCCAAACCAGAUGGGAUGGCGUAUCACUACAGAAUGCUGUGGUAGCCAUGCUGGUUAAGUGUGCCUUGAGUUCUAAAUAAAUCACAGACCGUGUCACCAGCAAAGCACCAUCUCACCACCUCCUCCAUGCUUCAUGGUGGGAAAUACACAUGCUGAGAUCAUCUGUUCACUCACAAAGAUACAGCGGUUGGAACCAAAAAUCUCCAAAGGACAAAUUUCCACCGUUCUAAUUUCCGUUGCUCAUGUUUCUUGGCCCAAGCAAGUCUUCUUCUUAUUGGUGUCCUUUAGUAGUAGUUUCUUUGCAGCAAUUUGACCAUGAAGGCCUGAUACACACAGUCUCAUCUGAACAGUUGGUGUUGAGCUGUGUCUGUUACUUGAGCUCUGUGAAGCAUUUAUUUGGGCUACGAUUUCUGAGGCUGGUAACUCUGGGUCUUCCAUUCCUGUGGCGGUCCUCAUGAGAGCCAGUUUCAUUAUAGCGCUUGAUUGUUUUUGCGACUGCAUUUGAAGAAACUUUCGAAGUCCUUGCAAUUUUCCGUUUUGACUGAAAGUAAUGAUGGACUGUCAUUUCUCUUUUCUUAUUUGAGCUGUUCUUGCCAUAAUAUGGACUCUUUUACCAAAUAGGGCUAUCUUCUGUAUACCCACCCUACCUUUUCAUAACACUACUCACAUGCAUUAAGAAGGAAAGAAAAUCCACAAAUGAACCUUUAAGAAGACACACCUGUUAAUUUAAGUGCAUUCCAGGUGACUAUCUCAUGAAGCUGGUUGAGAGAAUGCCUAAAUUGUGCAAAGCUGUCAUCAAGGCAAAUUUUGGCGAUUUGAAGAAUCUCAAAUAUAAAAUAUAUUUUGAUUUGUUUAACACUUUUUUGGUUACUACAUGAUUCCAUAUGUGUUAUUUCAUAUGAUGUCUUCACUAUUAUUCUACAAUGUAGAAAAUAGUAAAAAUAAAGAAAAACCCUUGAAAUGAGUAUGUGUUCUAAAACGUUUGACUGAUAGUGUUUAUCCCACUGUUAUAGAAAUGGCUUGUCUGCCAUGUAUUAUUUGUAGUUGUCAGAUUGUGUUGAUAUUUUGCUUCAGGAAGAUGUUCUCUUGGUGCGGCGCUUCUGUACUUCAGCAAUAGUUUGACCUCCAUUUGUCUACGUCAAUAGAAAGAAGACACAUUUUAGCACAAUGUUAUUUUUAUCAUGGUUAUUUCACGUAUUCAUCAUUUGUAAAUGCAAAAAGGUAUAAAUCAUGUUUUAUAUUGUUAUUUAAGAAAUCCCUAUAGGUAAAUACAUACAGUAGACCUAAAUUAAGCAACCCACCAAAUAUCAAACUUGAACAUGUUUUAUUCUUCUUUACUGUGGAUAUUUAUAGUUUUUGAUUUUGUAUAUUGGAAAAUAAAUAACUGAUUUAUGUGUUAAUCCCAAUAAUGAGACGUCUUAAGGUGAUGACGCUGUAUUUUUGCUGGACUCGAUAAAAAGGUGUUUGAGUUGUA